CCGAGGAGCCGGCCGGCAAGGGGCCAAGCAGUCGCCCUUCACGCGCUCGUGGUCAUCCUGCCUGCCCUCAGGCUUAUGACCCCAUGGGCCGAGAUCUGCCACUGAUCGACUCUCCCUCCCUCCCUCCGCCCCUACUGUCUCCUCUUUCACCAUCUUCUGUAUCCCUUGCGCCUUCCUUCCGUACCGGACGCAGACGGCAGCGAAUACGAUCCCUUCUUGCCACUGCGGAGCAUCAUCACGUCAGCCUUCUGAGGACCUCCCUGAGUGCACCGCCACUGUCAGCGCCUUCUCUUCAGACGCUGGUGUCGCAAUUAAACGCACAAGAUGCGUCUUACCAUGACACUGUCCCUGCUGUCUCUCCUCUCCUCCCUUCUCUUUCUGCUGGCCGCCCAAGGUGUUGCCGCACACCCGACGGGAAUGAAUGUUGCUGCAAGGGAGGCAAGGGCCGGACUAUUCGAAAGGUCAUUGAAGGGCGAGGGCAACGUGCAUCUCGCAGCCCGGGACGAUACCACCAACGUAUGCUCCAUGACCGGCAAUAUGGGUCGCGGGCAAUCAGCCUCCUGGACGGCCACCUUGGCAAUGUCCUGCUGCUCGACCUGGAACGUCUCCACUUGCUACCAACGCACACAGGCCGACUAUAAUGCAACCGAGCAAUGCAUCAUACCAAGCUGCUCCGAUUUGAGCAGUGGAAACUCUGAUCUUAUGCAUGGUUUCACCCCGUUGAGCAGUACAAUCGGAAUCGGCACGAAAAAUAACAGCUAUCUGAUCACAACUUCGGGUGCCUUGGGACUCUUCGCCGGAAGGUACGAGGCAAUGGCCAUCGUUGGAAUGGCAGCAGCACUCCUCGGCGCUCUUUCGCUGCUGUGAGGCUUCCCCUGCAGCAAAGGCAGUGGCAGACAAAAUCGGACGCGACUGUCCCUUCUAUACCUUCUCAAGUUCCGUUGGACCGUACUCUCCCUUUCUGUGUUGUAUUUGUUAGCUUUUGCACUGCACUCUCCUCCGACAUCGUCGGCCAUCUCACGACCCUCAGGCUAUACAAAGCCUUGUAAUGAUGAUCAAUUGCCUCGACG